AUGUGUCCAGCCAUAAAUCCGGAUUUGUCAUUUCCGAGCAUCAAAUCGAAUUAUGGGGUAGCGUUGUUGGACCGAUUGACGAAGAGUGUACUUGGAAUUCCUACUCCUGAAACCGAGUUAAAACCGCAAAAGUUAAAAGAACAUUUUGAGGGUGCGUUGUACGAACUGUUUUUACUCAAGUCGAGGCUGCAAGAAAAAUGUUCUCAGAUGGAGGUAAAAUGUCGAGAGGAUGAGCGGUCAUUUCAUUCUGCUAUCGAAAGGUUAAAAAAGGAUUUAACUGAUCUUAGUCAGCAAUUCUGCAAGUUAGAUACCGAAGUUCAUAUGGUAUCUGGAAAGUUGGUCCAUUUAGGCGACCAGUUAGAAAGAAAAAACUUGCCAAGAAAACGAAUUGAAGAGGCACGUGAUUUGAUACUUGAAUUUUAUAAAUUCUGGGGUUUUGGUGGAGGAAGUGUCACCAAUGUAGUAAGCGCUCAAUCGGAUGAAGCUCAGCUACUUGAGGCCGCCACUCGGUUCAAAAAUCUGAGUUCGUUGUGCUUGGAGUUACCGGAUGAUGAACGUUUCUUAAAUGCAAAACAAAGAGUAACAGUCGCCUGUCAACACUUGGAUACAGCUUUACUUGAACGAUUUAGAGCAAAUUUCCUUACGGGAAAUAUUGAGACAAUGAAGAGCAUAGCAGAUGUACUUCUUCUUUCCAAAAACUACUCUCAAUGUGCUGAGAUCUUGGUUGAAGAAACAGUAAAGACAAUAGAUCCCAACAAGAUUCAUUUUAAAGAUAUUACAAGGUGCUUGGUUUCGAGUGAAAAGCUAAUUAUGACCUUAUUUUUACGACCAGAUUCAGUUCUGAUGCAACUAAUGCAUAGUCUUUUCACAACAAAAUUAAAAGUAUACCUGAGUAAUCAUAUGAAGGAAGAAUUGAAUGCACAGGCAUUUUUAACUAAUUUGUACAAUGAAUAUCGAAACGUUGAAAAAUUGGUUGUUGAGUUAUCUAAUGAGUUAACCUUAAUUACGGAUCCAAUGCAACUGUCCAAAUUAUUUCGGGAAUUAUUUGCUCCAUAUUUAGUUGAUUAUAUGAAACGAGAAUCUGACUGGUUAACUGAACGCUUAACAGGUCAUCUUGAACAUUAUUAUCAAAGUCAAAGGCAUCAAAAACGUGCGCUAAAUGUUUCUGGCUUGGCUGAAUUUCGACGAGACCUCCAAGCAAAGUUUCAUAUCACUGGUGGUGAUCGAUCACAAAAUGACUACGAUGUAUCGUUGUUAUCAGAAGAAGUCGCUGUUAAUAUUAUUGAGGAUAUUCGGCGUGCUGCCAAACGAUGCUUGCUGUUAUCCCAACCUACUGCUAUUCCAGACAAUGGCAAAUUCAUAUUUACUUGUUUGUAUCACUAUCUAAUUGUUGAACACGUGGAUUAUGGUGUUACUUUAGGUUUGCACGGUUUGAAUAUAGCCGAUCCUCGAAAUAACAAUCCAAACCUAGUCUUCUUCUCCAUAAUUCACGAAGCCACAUCCAUUUUUCACUUUUUUGAGAAAACAAUUGAUGAGUCCAUUUUACCAAUGAUUAUUACAAACCCAUCAUAUGCAAGUGAAAUAUCUGUCAAACGUAACGAAUUGAAACAAGAUUUGGAAGGCAAAUUCUGUACUGGCUUAGAAAAGUGUCUAAAUCUGGCUAUUUCUCGUGUCCAAUAUCUAUUAUCCAGUGAACAGCGAAAAACUGAUUUUCGCCCAGAUAUAAAUGCUAACUCAGGAAUAAUUGCCGGUAAUCCACCAUCGCUUGCAUGUCAACAUGUGGUUGCUUUCGUAACCCACAUCAACCGCGAGACUCAUCAACACCUAGAUGGUCAAAAUUUAAAAACAUUUUUACAUGAAUUUGGAAUGAAACUAAAUCGCACAUUGGUAGAUCAUUUUUAUAACUUUACCUUUUCUGACACAGGUGGAUUUGUUGCAAUGCAAGAUGUAACCGCCUACCGAGAAACCGCAAAGCAUUUUGAGAGUCCAACUGUUAAUGUUGUUUUCGAUGUACUGUUUAAGCUGAUGAAUCUCAUGUUAAUUAAGCCAGAAAACGUACAACAAGUUGUUCAAGAUUAUUUGCAGUCAGGAAUGCCAAGAGAUUUGUUGAUGAACUUCAUCCAACUCAGAACAGAUUAUAAGUCAGCGAAGCUACAAAAUGUGAUACAGUUCAAAUCAACAAGAUAA